AUGGAUUCGCCAGCAGACAAGGCUGAAUUGAGGCACUGUAUACUCCAAUGUGGUUACGGAGCCUGGUUCACAUACCCCAAUACAACCUGCGCUACUUGCUCAUCAGAACUUGACACAUCGGAACUUGCACUUUAUACAAAUCACCAGGAAAUCUUUUGUACUAAAAGCAAGGCCCUCAAUCAUCCGCCACUAUCUUGUGUGCAAAGCUGUGCGUUAAAGUUUCAUACAUUGAAAGAUCUUGAGGAGCAUUGCAGAAUUACCAAUCAUGAAGCUCUUCAAUGCCCCAUCCCAGGCUGCUUCGUUACAUGGAGUGAUUCUUCCUAUAGUAGAUCACACUUGAAGGAAUACCACGGAGCGGGAAAGCUCGCAUGCCAUCAGUGUGAAGACCUAUUCGAAGAUACGGUGAAGCUCGACUCUCAUGCCCGUCGAAGCGGACACUCUGCAUAUAUUUGUCGAUAUCCUGAUUGCGAGUCAACAAUUGGGAGAUUAAGUGACUUGAUUCGGCACCAAGCACGUCACAAGAAAGAUGUUCCCCGUCAUCCAUGUCCCCAUUGUUCUACAUAUCGAGGUAACAACGGGUUCAAGAGGAAGGACCACCUUAGACAGCACAUUAGCAGUUACCACAAGAUUGAGACCAACUAUACUGGCUUCAUAUAUGCGUCUCCAUUUCUCUGCAAACAUGUCAGUUGUCAGGACUAUGCUACGAUAGAUAGUCAAGAUCUUAGAUCUCUCGACGAUCUCACCCAUCACAUGCUGACCGAGCACAACUCCUCUGCAUUUAUCUGCGAUAAAGUGUCCUGCGAUCGAGUAGGACUAAACGGUUUCGAAACGAAAAAGCUUUUUCAAGAUCAUAUCAAGAAGGAUCACCCCUCACCAUUCCAGUGCACUCACCCCGGAUGUGAUCGGGUCGGUUCCAAAGGCUGGCUUCGAGAAAGAGACCAGAAGAAGCAUAUGUUCCAGAAGCACGGAAUCAGUGUUUGA